AUGAUCAGAGUGACUCUGAUCACCACAGAGGAAAAGUAUCCAUUGGAUCGAAUGCUUCGAAAGCAGCUGAAUGAUUGGAGUUGUUCGGAAGUCUAUCCAUGUGCACAGCAUCGCUCUCCUACGUCGGUGAUCCGGCAAUGGCAUUGGUUGCGCCAUGAAUACAUAUUCCUGAGUUUCGACUCCAAGCCACCCAACACCAAAGAUGUCGGAUUAUUCUGGAGCAUAAUCAGGGGUAAUCACCCCCAACUUCCAAGCAAGUGUUUCGGAGGGACCGCCUACUUGGGCUCCAUAUUAUUGUUGAUGAAGGCCGGUGCUACGCGUCGACGGUCGAACGAGUAAAUUAUGAAACGGGAAUCCAAGUAUCCAUCAUCAAUAGCAUCGACUGACUGGCCUUCAGCAAGCAUCAUACCAGUGGAACCGUGAUUUCAUGCUUACCAUUCGGC